UUUGUAUAAUGGCCAUUUUUGUUCUUCCUUACAUCAUUCUCGGAAAUACUAAAUUUGACAACAAAAGAUUUACAACUAUAUAAGUGUCUGUUUUAGAUAGUUAACAAGCACAAGGAUUUGUAUACAUAACUGUAUCCUAAAGUUUCUAAGUAAGAGUUUGUUUUUAAUUAAGUUAGAAGAAAAAAAUGAAAGGAGGUUCAAUUGAACUUGGUGAAGUGUCUAAAAAUGCUUCUAAGAGCAAAGGAGUGAAAAGAGGGUUAUCAAUAAUGGAUUUUAUUUUGAGAAUAGUUGCAGGUGUUGCAACACUAGCUAGUGCUGUUGCUAUGGCUACAACUAAUGAGAGGCUUCCAUUUGCUACAGCUUUUAUACAAUUCAGAGCUGAAUAUGAUGAUCUUCCCUCAUUUGUGUUUUUUGUGAUGGGAAACUCAGUUGUUUGUGGAUAUCUUGUGCUUUCACUAAUCCUGUCAAUAUUCCAUAUAGUGAGGAGCACUGCAGUAAAAACUAGAAUUCUCCUCAUUGUUCUUGACAUGGUAAUGAUGGGUAUACUAACAGCAGCAGCCUCAGCAGCAGCAUCAAUUGUGUACAUAGCACACUAUGGAAACACACAAGCCAAUUGGUUUCCUAUUUGCCAACAAUACAACAGUUUCUGCGAACGAAUUUCUGGUUCUCUGAUCGGUUCUUACAUUGCUGUUGCUCUGUUCGUAAUCAUAAUCAUCCUAUCACAAAUUGCAAUCUCUCGAAACUAAUCACAUAU